ACCAGCAGUCAUCUCACCUCGAGGAACAGAAGAUCAGCAAUCCUCCAACAACAAGGAUGUCCAAUUUAAACUCCGAGAAUGCCUCCACUUUGGAGAACGCCAUGCAGCUGAUGAUCCAGACGUUCCACAAGUACUCUGGGAAUGAGGGUGACAAAUAUACUCUCAGCAGACAGGAACUCAAAGAGAUGUUAACACAGGAGCUGGGAAACUACCUUGGGAAUGCACAGGAUAAGGAUGCGGUAGAUAAAGUUAUGGGAGAUCUAGAUUCAAACAACGAUGGUGAGGUGGACUUCACAGAGUUCAUCAUCCUCGUAGGUGCCCUCACCGUCGCCUGCAACGACUUCUUCCUCGAGUAUCAUGAAAAGGAUGGAAAGAAGGAUGACAAGAAAUAGAGACGCAUUUGUCUAAAGCCAACACAUGACCAGCGAAUGAGCAUGAGGGGAAUGAAGGGAGAAGGGGAAUAUGUGUGUUUGUUUGUGUGUGUAUGAAUCUUCUUUACUGAUUCUGCUGUCAACUCUUAAUCCACAAGCGCAAUCCUGGGUACACAAAAAGUUCCAUGAGGCGCAAACCCCUGAAACAACCUUUUAAUAAUGAUAGAAUAAGAUGUGAGUUUGUACGAUGGUCUUUGUUGAAUGUGUGAAUAUGUGUUUCUUCUUUUGUUUUUUAACAAUUGGAGUUAACUAAUCUCUCCAUAUUACAAUAAACUGAUCGUUUAAAGUAA